UCAAACAAAAUAAAAUAUAUCGUCGGCUUCAAGUGUGUCUGUUUUCCCCUCCGGUCUCCAUUUCGUACAUCAUCGGUCCAACCUUUAUCCAUAUUGCAGGAAACUCGGUCAUUUAAUGAAUGUGAAGGUGAUUAAGUAAUUUCGAGAACCCGGGACUUCGGUAAAAAGACUCGAUUCAUUGCAUUGGUUUAUCGGGGGCAGCCGGGACUUUAAUCUGUUAACAUCUCUGUGGUUCAGUCCACUUUUGGCACCUGCUUGAUAAUGGAUGAUUAUGAAGUUAUUUCGGAUACUCCACAGAUGCUUCCGCCACCACCUGGCAGUUUCCUUGACCGCGAAGAACUUAUCCAACACGUAGGUGAAUUUGGUAUCUCUCAGGGAUAUGUUGUAACUAUUAAGCAAUCAAAAAAGGAGAAAGUUGUAGUUCUUGGAUGCCAAAGAGGAGGUGUUUAUAGAAACAGGCGAAAAUCGGAUGAUGGAUCGGGUGAACUUGCUCGCAAAAGAAAAUCUGGUUCCCGGCUUACAAAUUGUCCUUUUGAACUAGUGGGUAAAAAGGAUGAUGAAUUUUGGGUACUUUCAGUUAAAAAUGGGUCUCACAACCAUGAACCUUUAAGUGAUAUCACACAGCAUCCAUCAGCUCGUCGCUUUACAGAGAACGAGGUAUUGCUUAUUAAGGAGAUGACAGAGGCUGGUUUAAAACCACGCCAAAUUCUGAAGAGACUGAGACAGCAUAAUCCAGAGCUAUUAUCUACUCCAAAGCACGUUUACAAUAUUAAAACAAAGCUUCGUCAAGGAAAUCUUACAGUUAAGAGAUAUAAAACAUUGAGACCUCAGACUUCAGCUCAAGGUCACUCUAAUUCGUCAACAACUUCUGAGCCAUCUUGGAGACAGCGUUAUCCUCCUAGGGUACCAAAUUUCAUUGGCGGUAUGUUUAUAGACUCACAAUCAAGAACGUCUAUCGAUGUCAUACACCCGGCAACCCAACAAGUCGUAUCUCAAGUUCCUCUAACCACCGGUGAAGAGUUUAGGGCAGCAGUAUUUGCAGCUAAAUGUUCUCUUCCAUCAUGGCGAAACACACCUGUUAUGACCCGUCAGCGUAUCAUGUUCAAGUUUCAAGAACUUAUUCGUAGAGACAUUGACAAGAUUGCUCAAAAUAUAACUUCCGAACAGGGGAAAACAUUAAAGGAUGCACGUAAUGAAGUGCUUCGUGGGCUUGAGGUGGUUGAACAUACUUGUGGGAUGGCAAAUCUCCAAAUGGGGGAAUUUGUUUCAAACGUACGAAGUGGGAUUGAUAGCUACAGCCUGAGGGAGCCAGUUGGUGUGUGUGCUGGGAUAUGCCCUUCCAACUUUCCAGCAUUAAUUCCCUUGUUGAUGUUUCCAGUUGCAGUUGCAUGUGGUAAUACAUUUAUUCUUAAGCCAUCAGAGAAAGAUCCAGGGGCAUGUAUGAUACUUGCUGAAUUAGCAAUGGAGGCUGGCUUUCCCAACGGUGUAUUAAAUAUAGUUCAUGGAACCAAUGAUAUUGUGAAUGCCAUCUGUGACGACGAUGAUAUCAAAGCUAUAACAUUUGUCGGGCCAGAUUCUUCUGGUUCACACCUUCAUGCAAGAGCAUCUUCUAAUGGCAAACGUGUUCAGUCAAAUAUUGGUGCAAAAAACCAUGCAAUUGUCAUGCCCGAUGCACAUAUGGGUGCUACGCUGGAUGCGCUUGCUGCUGCCGGAUUCGGUGCUGCAGGACAAAGGUGUAUGGCACUGAAUACAGUUGUGUUUGUUGGAGGUUCAAAGCCAUGGGAAGAAAAACUUGUGGAGCGUGCCAAAGCACUUAAAGUAAAUGUUGGAACCGACCCUGAGACAGACCUUGGGCCCGUGAUCAAUAAAGGGGCAAAGGAAAAAGUUUACCGAUUAAUCCAAUCGGGUAUUGAUGCUGGUGCUAGAUUAAUUCUAGAUGGAAGACAUAUUGAGGUUCCAAAAUAUGAAAUGGGCAAUUUUGUUGGUCCCACCAUCUUAUCUGAUGUUACUGCUGGCAUGGAGUGCUACAGGGAGGAGAUUACUGGCCCUGUUCUUCUAUGUAUGCAGGCCGAGAGCUUAGAGGAAGCCAUCAGUAUCAUCAACAGAAAUAGGUAUGGCUUUGGGGCGUCGAUUUUCACUAAAAAUGGUGCAUCAGCAAGGAAAUUCCAAACUGAGAUUGAAGCUGGGCAGGUUGGUGUAAAUGUCCCUGUUCCAUCCCCAUUGCCAUUUUUCUCAUUUGCCGGAACAGAGGCAUCUUUCUCAGGAGAUCUAAACUUCCAUGGCAAGUCAGGAGUUCAUUUUUAUACACAGAUUAAGACAGUGAACCAACAAUGGAAAGAUUUCCGGAGUAAUGAUGAAGUAACCCUGGAAAUGCCUCCAACUUUCGAGAAUACUGAUGGAACAUCGUUGUUGUUACCGACCCAUAGUUUUCCCAAUACGGAUGACAGAGGACACCUGGAAUCCCCUUCAGAUAAUCUUCAUUGUGACAAUGGACCAUCCUUCACCAUACCACACAAGGAUUUCCAAACAGGAGAGGCUGUGUCUCUAGGCUUGCAGUUGAGGGACUUCCAAAACAGUGAUGGAGUAUCUCCUGCAUUGCUCAUGUCUGACGGAUCACAAGACCCAAAGUUCUUAAGCCAUUUUCUUAACUGGGGCCGAAAUGCAUAGUUUUCAAUUUGUUGUCAGAGUAGGAGGCUGAGGGAAGCUGUUCGUGUUCGUAGCAAUAUUAGCUUUUCAUUUUCAGCCAAGGGUUAGUGUAAAGGUGUUUCUGUGUAGGCUCAUGUGUAACAAAUGAAGCCUAUUGAUAUUUUAAACCUUUUGCUUAGUCGAUUGCCAAAUAAUUAGUAUCGACAAAGCUUAGAGUUUGGUUAAUGCACUUUAUAAUAUUCACGGAAGCUUAAUUAAAUCAAGUUUGUUGUACUUCUUUUA